CUGUGCGAGCGCGCAAGCGCGCACGCUCUCGAACGAACCCUGAGCUGAGGACUUCAUCUAACGCGAUGGGCCGCAAGAAGGUUGCUCGCGGGUCCAGGACAGAGAGCGGUCGUGUUCGGCGACCCCCCGGCCGCUCUCUGGAUGCUUUCGCUGAGGAGGUGGGCGCUGCUCUGCGCGCAUCCGUGCAGCCUGAGGAGGCCGAGGACCAGAGCGGCCCGGGCCCUGCGACGCUGCCUUGUGCCUUGGCUAUGUGGGAGCUUGGCCACUGCGACCCCAAGCGCUGCACGGGCCGCAAACUGGCCCGUCUGGGUCUGGUGCGUUGCCUGCGCCUGAACCAAAGAUUUGGCGGGCUGGUGCUCAGCCCAGUAGGCACUCAGUACGUGUCUCCGGCAGACAGACAGUUGGUGGCACAGUCAGGGGUCGCUGUCAUAGACUGCUCCUGGGCCAAACUGGAUGAGACACCCUUUGGGAAGAUGCGAGGAAGCCACUUGCGGCUCCUGCCUUACCUCGUAGCUGCCAACCCUGUAAACUAUGGCCGGCCCUGCAAACUUUCCUGUGUGGAAGCUUUCGCUGCUGCCUUCUGCAUCGUAGGCUUUUCAGACCUUGCUGUCAUUUUGCUUCGGAAGUUUAAGUGGGGCAAGGGCUUCCUGGACUUGAACCGACAGCUCCUGGAUAAGUACGCAGCCUGCCGUGGCCCAGAAGAAGUGCUGCAGGCUGAACAGGGGUACUUGUCUAGUACCAAAGACAACCCUGAGGAGGACAUCGAUCCCUUUGAUGUGGACUCCGGGCGGGAGUUCGCAAACCUCAACAGGCCUGUGGCCAGCACCCGGCUGCCUGUGGACAUGGAGGACACUGAUGAGUCUGAGGAGCACAGUGAAGAUUCUGGGGAGGACCAUGAUGAGUGUGAGGAACAAGGACCUGGUGCUAAUGGAGGAGACAGCAGCUACUCUCAAGCAGAAGAGACCCCAGAACAAGAGGCUCAGGCCAGAGACUCCACUGAAAUUUGGAAAGGAAUCAAGAAACGACAGAGAGACAACAUAUGAAGGUCGCAAACAUAUUAUUGAAGCUGGUGUGCAUUAUUCGGAAGUGGCAGUAGGACCUGGGGGUGGACAGGCCUGUUAGGACAGUUCUGGGACAGCCUUGUUUAGAGUCCUGCCUUAGUGCUCUCAAUAAAACCAAGGAGGAGCCCCCCA